CCUAAGAGCCUUACUUGGAUCCUCACUGAAGUCAACAGAAACUUCAGACUCCAUGAAGAGUGAAGCAGACCGCUAGAUUUAGCCUGCAGCUUCUGUACCUCCAGAGCUAUUUCCUGAUCUCCGGUAAACUGGUGGAAAUACAGAUUACCUCUACACGUACAGUGGAAUUUAUCAAAAUCCUAAUCUGAAAAAUUUGAGCCUGAAUUUCCAUCUGCCAAAUACCAGUACCAGCAUCCGGUCUAUUGUUUCUCAUUUCUUUUAUCCAAGCAACACAGAAUAGUUUAGAAGUAUUAAUGAAGAGAAAAGCUUCCCUGUAGCAUUACUGGUAUAAAAUCCGAUCUAAUAAUCACGAUACCCUCAUGGUCCACAGGAAUCACCUUUCCCCUUUAGCACCGUGCAGCAAAGAGGCACAAAAAUCCCAUUGCAAAACUACAGUGAUGGCUUCCCGAAUGGGACCUGCACUGGCUGGGUUUCAGAGCUCGGCAUCUCCCAGAUUGCUCAAGGAAAGCACACCCACCAACACACGGAGCUAAGGAAUCGAUGCCCUGCUGUACCACUGGGGGGGAUGUGCUGCAAUGCUUGCCAUCAUAUCUGGGCAGCCUUUGGUAAAGAGAAUAGCAAGACAAAGGUACUGAGCAAUCUGGAGCAGGGGCACCCUGACUGUCAAGUGACACCUGGUAGCUGAGUCUCUCGCUUUCUGUCAGUGACUCCAUGGAGAGUCCUAGCAAAAAACCACGUUAUUCGGGCAAAGCUGAACUGAGGCAAUGCCUCGCCUACUGCAGACGAUCUCCAAGCUGUGAGGAGGAAAUCAGUCCUGUAUUUAAAUUACAGCAAACUGUAAUUCAGAUUAACAUGCCAGGGCAAUUCAGGAUUGGAGUAGCUUCUGUACCUGUUUGCAACAGCUUGCAAAAGCUUACGAGCAUCUUGACUAAUACCAAGGCUCUGUGCUUCCUGGGACACACUAAAAAAAUCUGGGGGCGUAAAGAGGCAAACAGAGUAUGUGGCUCAGAAGUCUUAGCGUGGGCAAAACCCACCUCUGCCACCUUCAGCGGGACCAUUUUCUUUGGCCUUACCAGUGGCUGAGCAAGAUUCUGCUCCUGCAGCUCCUUUCCCUGUCAUUUCCUUCCACUUUUCCUUGCUGUGCUGCUUGGCAGUCCCUUGUUUGAGUCUGGUGCAAUUUCUGUUUCUCUGCAUAGCUUCCUUCACUUUUUUUCCCCCCUUUUACUCAGGGUUUCUUUUCCCUUCAUGCAGUUUUCAUAAUCUGAUUUUUCGUUCUGUCACUCUUUUCCCCUCUGUCUGUCACAGGCAGAUGUGGUUUGAGGACAGGAGUGUCUUACGGACCCGCGGACUGUGUGAGUUUGGAGUUCCUUCCAGUUUCCCACACUGCUCUCCUAUUCACUGCAUUCAGGCAGAGGAUAAAGGAAGUGUGCCAUGCUACAAGCUGAAUUAGAAAUGGUGUUUGACUUCCCUUUGUACUUCACAGAAACCUUGCUCUGGGCAGACCAUCUGCAUAGCACUCACUGUGGAGAAAACCAUUGAUCAAGGCCUGUCAGCCCAGCUGGGGGAACUUGGGAAAGUAAUUCCCUGUGCCACUUCAGUUCUUUAGGGCUUAACAUCUGGCUGGAGGGGGAGGCGACAGUUGAUGGUUUAACAGUCGUGCUUCCUUUCAAGUUUGGGAUGCUGUUUUGAUCCCCGAUAAGCCUUUCUGAAAUCCUGAUUUUAAUAACAUGGAAAGCAUCCAGAAGACUAGGAAUAAUGCACUGGCUUUGCAUUUUCAAAGUGCUUUACAAAUACCAGCUAAUGAAUUCUCAGCAACCUUCUCUGUGAGAUAAGGAUGUAUUAUUAGUGAUGUUUUACAAAGGAAGAAAAAUGAGGCAGACAGGAGAAACCCAAAAUUUCAAUAUUUCAAAUAGCCAACUGGUUGCAGUGCUUCUAUUGCCAAGUGGCUAUUUGAGACAUCUGGUUUACAAAGAUGCUCAGCGCCCACUUCUGUUUCAAUCAGCUUUGGCAUCUCUGAAAAGGAGCAAACUUGAGAAUUUGUAUUCCCAGCCUGGACCACACUUGCAUCGUGCACCACCUAGAUAAGUAGAUGCAAGAGUUCUCCUUUCUACUCAAGUUCAGCAGUGGUUUCUGAAAAUGUUAUUCAGUACAAUUUGUUGAAGGCCAUGAAAUGGCUGAAAAGGAAGAUGCACUCAAAUCCUUGGUCAGGAAAUACUUAAUGAUCUAUUCAACAGAAAGUAACUUGAUCUCUCUAGAAAGUAAACGAAGUUUUAAUUUGUUUAUUCAUGCUCCUGAAGAGCUACCAAAACCGCAGUCUUAAGAUGCAGCUGUCCUUAGUCCUUGUGCAAAUCUGUCUGUCAGCACCAUUUCAUUUUGACCAGCUGCCUCCCAGCGGCUGCGGUUAUUCUGGGCUCGGAGCUCCCUGGAGGACAGGAUGCAGUGUGCCCCAAAUUACAUGAACUCCCUGAGUUUAUAAGGGAAGUUCAGGCCCUAGACUCGUGGCCUGGAUAAAACCGGUGACUUAGAAAUGAGAAAGGAGCUGUACUGCUUUAGUAAACAAGAUCAGUGCUAGCUACAGCAUUAUGUGCUGAUUGUUGGCCGCACGCAAAAGGUGCCUGCCCAGUCUGACGAUGGCAGCUCUUGGGGACUUUGUGCCAGAUGCCCAGUACCACACCACCGCAGGUGACUGUAGGGCCCAGUUUAUACUGCCAGCUACACUGAAGACGUUCUGGGGUCCUGGUCCUAUUCUUAAUGCCCUCUAGGCUGUUUCUGUAGAGUUUGGCUCUAGAUUGCAAUAGAUCCCCCUGAUUCUGACAUGUGACAGCCUGCCUUGCCCUGUGGCAUGGUGAUGAGAGCCUCCAACUCUGCCUCGUACGUCUUGUGAGGACCACGGUCUGUCAGUUCUUGCGUAUGCCCCUCUGCUAGUCCUUUGCCUGGCUCAGAACUAGGUUAUCUAGCUUUUGAAAAACCAUUCUUGCCUGCAAGGCUGGCACCUGCUUUUAUCUGACACGAUCUCUUCUCGCUGCUGCCAGCUGAACAUGGCAGAGAUGUUCCUCAGUCCUCCAAAAUCUACCUGCCUGGUGGGGCAGGACCUGACACUGAGCCCCAAGACGCUUUCACCAGACACCUGUCCAUUGUGUUCCACAGUGUGGUGACUGACAGCCGCCAAACAUGAGAACGUGGGUUCUGGUGGGAGCUUCCAUCCCAAACCCAGGCUGAACUCAAGGGAAGGGAGAAAUUCACUGGGGCAUUCAGCUGCAGGUUACCAACUUGGUCCCAAGGUAGGGAACAAUCAGAUGAGGCUCAGGGGAUGCCAGGGAAGUCUGUGACUAUUAUCUCCCCUCUCCACUGCUGCUCUAGCUAGAGAUGAGGGAUUAAAUAUUUGACAAGAGCAGAUAGGAUUAAUUGCUGCUCUUAUAAGGGGAGAGGUGACUGCCCUCCUGUCUCGCACAAACACACCACUCCUGUCUCGUCAAUGACAGCAAGUGGUUGUUGGGGCCAGACCUCAGGAACUACACCCCCAAUUCUCAACCUGGUCCUCUGAAAUAUUCUCUGCUUGCCAAAAUGCUUGGCAGCACUACUUGGUAAGUCUUGCGAUUUUUAUAAUGGGACUCAUAAUACUUAUGGCCUUCACUAAUAUUUCACAUCCGAGCCUUGUGCUUAUAUAAAGAGAGAAAAUUAAUGACAUCAAUCCAAAGUCCAAAUGCUUAAUAAAAAAAAAAAGUUUUUUUAAAAAUCCAUCAGAAUUAUUUUAAUUUUAUUAGAAACAUCAACAUGUUUUUGUUGAAUCCCUAUGACUUUCAGCCCAUUUCUUGGUUUCUUGAAGCCCAAAUUUUGACAUUCGAAAUGUUGGCGGUAAUGCCAGAUCCUCAGAGAUGCUCAGCCCAUUGCAAGAACUGAAUAGUCCCAUCUUCCAAAAAACCCACCCAAAACAAUGAAGGAAGUGCAUGAACUCAGCAGCUUCUGUAUUUGCUCCCUCCACUCUAUUGUUAGUGACAGGCUCUUCUCCUUCCUUGGCCAGAGCUGGGACGUGACUGACUGGUGGGGUCUGUGUAUUUCAGCGGACUUUUGGGGAGCACGCGCUCCCGCUGAAGUCAGCAGUAUCGGGGCGGGCUUUAGAGCAAAACUCAAAACCAUCUGGGGUGCUUUAGAGCAAAGCUCAAAACCAUCUGGUAGCGUGUGUGAGAGAACUGCCGGGUCUCCGCGCUGUUGCUGAGCUGGGGAACACUUACAUUACUGAGAUCAUAACUAACUUAGCACCGACCGCCGUUAAUUGUAGAGCAAGGUGUAGCUGAGUCCCCUGGUAAAAGCAGAAGGACAGGAUGUAUUCUGUGGUUGGUUUAUAUGGGUUUUUGAAGGAGGAGGGUGGUAAACACAUAACAUGGUGGCUCCCGCAAAGCCUGCUCCCAGGGCAAUGUGUUCCUUUGAGACAUAAUUGAUUCCUGCCAUCAGGCACCAGCCUGCUCUCCCCCAGGGUCAGCGCUUUCCCACAUCCAACCCCAUUAUCCCACAGACCAUGCCUUUUGUACAACACACUCCAGCUAUUCAUGUGCAAAGCAGCUGUAAUCCCCAGACCUUUCAGAGUCAAUAUACCAGGAAAUAAUAAAUCCCUCUUGUGCACUCUUGAAUAUGCUGAGAGGUGACUUGUGGGAAUUUCAGCUGGGCAGAAAAAUAAUAAAUUCUCCUUAAUUUUUAAUUAUUUGUAAUACUCACUGUAGAAAGACUAUGUUAUUGGUGCAUGACUAUUUCAGGGUCAACCACACAAGCAACUAUAGAAAUUGCUUUUGCCUCCAACAGCCCUGAAAAUGCAUAUCAAAUUGUCUUAUAUGUUUCUUAAUGAUCAAAGUCCACUUUCCUUCACUUACACACCUGGGAAUGGCUGCAUAUUAAGCGUUCUGGAUCUAAAGGAAAACUAAUUAAAAAAGGUUAACCUGUGAAGAAUGUACUUUACAGUAAUAAAAGACCGCUUUUUGCCAGGGUUCUAAUGUCUAAUAUCUAAAGGAGGCAAGAUAAUGCCAUGCUAAUGACAUUUAAUGGAAUAUUUUUUUACAAUAGGUCUAAUACAACAUAACCUUUUCCCCUGAAAGAGGCAGAUUGCACUACACUUCCACUCCAUCAGUUCACAUGGCAGAAUUACGCUUGGCUUGUGAGAGCGAAAGAAGCCAAUCCUGAAUGGCAAGUUCUGCAGGACAGUAUCUUUACAUAUUGCCUCCCAUGACAAAGAUUUUUUUAAGCUAUUUACUGUGUAGAAUGUACUAUCACUGAAAUACCCUGAGCAGAAUGUGGUAGACAGGGUUAGGUGUACCUAGAGGGCUGGGAGAAGUGAUCUUUAUCUGUGACACCAAAGCAAGCAGCGGCCCCUAAGUUAAAAACUGUCAGAGGAUCAUUAGGGUUCACCUCAAAUAGGCAGUACCCUGUCUUUUCAAUCCUUACCCAGAAAACCUCCACAGAGCAAGUCGUACGGGUAUGAGGAUGAUGAAGGGAUGUGGUAAUACUGCAGGGAUCUGUAGUACUAAACCCCAGGAAUCUUACACAGUAGGAGACAUCCCUAAUACCCAGUGGUAGUAAGGUAUGAGUGUGGCACAACAUACAGACCCAAUAGUUUCAUCAAACAUUCAAAGGUAGUAAUUUCCACACAGGUGUGUCAGCACAGGUCAGCUUGGGACCCUGGUAGGUGUUCUCAUUGCUAGUCUUUCUCUGUGAUGCUGCCACUAGCACAUGGCCUGUGCAAGUGAGGCCAGAGCCAGCCUGGACCUAAAAAGCCUUCCAUUUUAGCUGGGUAAGCAAGCCUUUCAGCAACACUAACCAUGGGCUGGCCCGAGGAAGAGAAAAGCCGACUAGAGAUGGGACUGCACGCAGCACAGACCCCGCAGAGCCCUGCUCUCCAGGCAGCUGUGGUGACAAAGGGGUGUCCCAGGGAAGGAGCAUCUCUACCAGGCUCCCAACAGAUGGGGAGAGAAGAAACUCCUCUGUAAAACAGCAAGAAGAGGCCACCCUUAGCACUCCUGCAGAGGAGCAGAGCUGUGCCCACCGUCACUCCUUCUCCGCUUGGCUCUCACAGGUGUUUGGCAGUACCCUGAAGUGGUGCCCAAAAACCGCAGGGGCCAAGUCAGCCCUGUCCCUAUCUCCCACCACAGACACGGGCUCAGCUCCUGACGCCACGAGGGCUCUGUGAAGAGCUCGGCAGCACCACUCCCAUUUCCCAGAAGGGCAAACUGAAGCACGGUGAAGCAAACUGUCGGCCCCCGGGACAGCCAGUGCUGCGGCUGAGCUGGGCAUCCCUGCUGGCCACCCCUGUGUGUGCACCACUGCCUCUGCCCCCUUGCCCCAUGUUGCCCCCUUCUCCUGGAAAACCCAGAUCACUGAGAAGCCCCUGCCUGCAUGGCGGAACACGUGCUUUUCAGCCUUACUUGGUGAAAAAGGCGUGUGAGUUCAUCGUGCCCUGACAGCAGCGCAGGCUCCACAAAGGAGUUACUGGCACCAGGCUGUGUGGGUUUGAAUUUCUCGGCGUUUCCCAUACUUUUCCCCUAUUGAUAACAUUUCUUGUUGGGACAAUAGAAGUGUGCCUUGCAGCUACUCAUGACAUUAGUGACGGUGCUUGAGUCUGAAUGAUUUAAAGGGGAAGAAUCCAACUCCCAAAAGACCAUCUGGCUAUCAGUUAUAAUACAGCAAUAAAGGUCAGAGCUGCUGCUCAGGAGUUGGGAAAAAGAUGUUUUUUGACACUGAAGAGCCUCUUCAACCAGCUUGGUACAUGCCUACCUGCCAGCUUCUAGCUUCUAGGCCUGCCACCAUCGCUCUUUUGCUAGGAAAGGGAUAACACAGGACACCAACUUCUGGAGGAAGGCCAGCCAAACAACACAGGAAAAAGGGCAACACCUUACUCUAGCCGGCAAGAGCUAGGGCAUGGUCUCUGAGCUGUAUCUUACUUUGUAUCACAACCCUUUGACUACUUCAAACUGUUCAUGAGAUGUCUUGUCUCCUGGCUUUCCCACAACGCAGGGAAUAAAGGGCUCCAAGGACAACAUCUGCCCUUCACAAAGAGCUAAGCCCAUUCAGGCCCAUACAAUGAAACCCACCAAGCUGGCCAUUUCAGUGACGCCUCCCUCCUUCCUGACAACUGCCCAUUAAACUCAGGCUUCACUUCAGGAUUGCCAAGUACGAAAUUGCCUUUGGCUUUCUUACUUCACCGCACACUUCCCUCCACCAUCUCCAGAUUCUCAGCCACGCUCCCUUGCACAAGCAGUGCACUGGGAGAAGAUGAGCACACUUCUGCCUCGGGCACUCCAGGCUAGACCCCUCAGAUGACAGGAUGCAGCACAGCUUUUCUCAGGUAGGUUCUGGGUUAUUUUCGGCGUUGCCUCAAGGACUGUAUCCAGGCAGGGAUUUUUCUCAUAAGACAAAAACAGAACUAACCUAAAGUUCCACACAUCUUCAAUCUUUUUCUUGCCUUUAACACAAAAGAAAUGUUUGCUUAAUUUUUAUUGAAAUUUUCAUGCAAAUCCAAGCAAGCAGCACCACCCUCAUUUUCCAGAAAAGAAAAUGGAGCAGGGAUGUCAUGCUAAAGGUUACGCAGGGAAGCAAAUACAUGGUCUCUGAGAUUUCAUGUCCAGCAAACUGCGGCAGGUCCAGCCUGCAGCGGAGCAGUGUGAUGCUUCUUGGUCAGACGAGAACAAACCACAUCAGAAAUCCCAGGCCAGAAGCAGAACUGACCUCCUUGCUGGGGUCCAAAGGUGGGCCUCAGCUACUAAAUCCCAUUCACAACUCACCUCUGACUUCCCAAGGCCUAGGGCUUCUGGGUUGAAUCUGAUGCUAUUCUUUAGCCCAACAUCCCAUCAUACCAACUGUCAGUUCUCCACUUAGAAAAGUCAUGCAAACAAACCUGUUGUUUCACACUGGUAAUGCUUUGGCUCACCCAUUAGAAGCGUAAUGACUGCACAGACGAGUGCAAAUACACCCUCACUCUGGCAAAUGGCACCUGGGAUGCUGGCUGUGAAGUGCCCUCUCUAGAAAGAGUAGAGAGAUGUCCUUGGUGCUUUUGAUUUUAACCCUAACAGUGCUCCCCUUCUUCUCUUCCCCCCUUCCCCCAAAAGUGUGCCUCCUCCACGCUCACAAAUGUGACUGGCACAUGUAGGGACUCAGGAAUGCAACUGAUCCCAGACAACCAGCUGGAGGGUCAGUGUUUUCCCAGAUCCCUGGGCAGCCCUGAAGAGCCACGCUGCACACUCCACCAGUCAGCGUGGGCAGAAGGUUAUUCUCUCCAGGGCAUUUGCAAUCAACGUACCAUGCGCUAAUAGAUGCUUCCUCUAUUGUUCAGCUGUGUGCCUGGAUUGGCUGAAUGGCUGUGGGAAACACCAGCAAUCCUGAGACUCACGUAUCUGCUGAAGUUCCCUGAUGUAUAAAUAGAGGCAGCCGGUAACUGCCAAAGCAUAAGUCUUACGCUCAACACAGCAGCCCGGUGCGGGGGUCUGUGCCCAGGACUGAGAGCACUAAGAAUGGCUCCCAGUAACACCCUCAUGAUCCACAUGGAGGAGAAACUGCUGCCAAAAGAAAAGAAUAAACUGAGGAAGCCGGUGGUGGAGAAAAUGCGCCGUGACCGGAUUAACAGCAGCAUCGAGCAGCUGAAACUGCUCCUGGAGAAGGAGUUUCAGAGGCACCAGCCCAACUCCAAGCUGGAGAAAGCCGACAUCCUGGAAGUGGCUGUCAGCUACCUGAAGCAGCAGAGCCAGCUGCAGGACCAAACUUUCAUUAACAAGAAUCUAGAGCAGGACUUUAACAGUGGAUACCUGCGGUGCCUCAAGGAAGCGAUGCAUUUUCUGUCCUACUACGAACCCAAGAAGGAAACUCAGGUGCAGCUAAUCAAGCAUUUCUGCAAAGCUCAGAUGGGUGCAGAUGUCAUGUACUCGCCUGCUCUGCGGAGUUCCCCUCUGUCACCCUGCCUGUUUGCCAGAAAGCAACCUGCCCAGAAGACUGUGGCUGCUGCUCCUACCAUCUGGAGACCCUGGUAGACCUGCAGAACGUUGCUUUAUUCCUAUGUUUUGCUACAAAAACUAGAGGGGCCUGUGAUUUAACAGUUCCUCUUUAAAGUAGGAAACAUUGCUUUCCAAAGGUGGGAGGGGGGCGGUUAUUGUUUUUCUGUCACAAGAAAUGAGGGUCGCUAAGUAGUUUCCCUUCAUAGUGAAGGACUGUGUUUGUAUCUUGCAGCAAAUUUGCUGCUUUUAUCAGUGGCUCGUAGCCAAAGAGAGGACGAAGUUCUGUGGUGAUUUAGAGAGCCAAAUGCCCUUCUGUUUUCAUCACACCUUUGCUUCGCAAGGCUGUUGAGUCUGUGGCUGUCAGGGGAAAUCUUUCUGCUAACUCCCUGGGUCACUGGUUCAAGUGCUCCAUUGUCUCUAGAUAAUGUAUUGACCUUCCUAAAGAAGGAGCACUUUCAAGAAUGUAUUUUGUAUCGUAAAGAGGGCAUUGAGGCUUUACUUUUUGAGUGAAAGACGUUAAUAAGAAAUGCUGAUUCUUCUGAAGUUCCUACGCUAUUUUUAGUAUAACUUCUUACAGAAAGUUAUGAGGAUAACAGAAAGCUCUAGGAAAAAUUCUCUUAAUGUCAGUAUGCCUACUCUCAGUUGAGGGACAAUUGAUGCCUUUUGUAAAGGAAAUGCCUGGGAUAUACCUUAAGGAAAAGGGGGAGGAAGGGAGGCAAUGACUACUUUAUAAUCAUUCAUUCUACAUGCUAAAGAGCCUAAAGAGCUUUUAUAAAGUUGCGAUGUAUUCAUCCUGUGUGAUGUUCAAGUUUGGUGUCUUCACUGUACAAUACAAUAAAAAUGGUUUUAGUCAUUAA